AACAGGUCAUUUGGAAUUUUAAAGCAGCAAUUUAAUUUCUUGCGAGUUAGGUAACUUUCGGCCUAAGAUUUUAGAUCUACUUCAUGUCAAAUUCCUAAUUCUCGAAGGCGAGAAUCGGGCUCGCGGGAGUUGAUAGGAUCAAUCGACUCCAGAUCGUCACUCCGGAGGAUUGUAGGAUCUUGGUUUCUCAUGCCAUGCAUUUUGAUGUGAUCAUUCUAUUUCGAUGCAAAGGCAGCACAAUAGUUGCCAUGGCAACAAAUACAGUUAGAAGGCGGCAUCAUAAACAUGUUUAUGACAGUAGAAAUGAGUAUUUGGACUCGACAAAAUUUGAUACCUUGGAUGAACCUCUCCUUGGGAACAACUAUGGGGAUCAUUAUAAGGGAUAUGAUGAUGCAAGCCAUGAAGAUUUGGAUGACAAAAGAAAGGAAGUAAACCUUCAUUGGACAUCUCUUUUCUCCAAUUUGAUUGCUCAAUGGUCUCAGUGGUUAGCAAAUCUUGUCCUUAGCUCUGGCUCAUUUUUAGGAAGAUUUGUACCAUUUCCUUCUUUAACAAUGAACGAGGACAACCUAAUUUGUCUCAGUCCCUUGCAGGAAGAGAGAUUGGGAAGUUUAAGGCAAAGAUUGGAGAUCCAGUUUGAUGGCUCUUGUUUGGAUCAUCAAGAUGCUCUGAGACAUCUCUGGCGAGUUGCCUAUCCUAAUAGAGAAAUUCCUCCUCUUAAAUCUGAAUUAUGGAAGGAAAUGGGUUGGCAAGGCUGUGACCCAUCAACAGAUUUUAGGGGUGGUGGCUUCAUAUCCUUGGAAAAUCUCAUUUUUUUUGCCAAAAACUAUCCGAAUUCUUUCCAAGCGUUGUUACACAAGAAAGAAGGUAGAAGAGCUGAAUGGGAGUACCCUUUUGCUGUAGCUGGUGUUAAUUUGUCAUUUAUGCUGAUGCAAAUGCUAGAUUUACAAUCAGUCAUGCCAUCUAGCAAAGCUGGAAUUCGGUUCCUGGAAUUGCUUGGAGAAGAUGAGAAAGCCUUUGAUAACCUCUACUGUGUUGCUUUUCGCAUGUUAGAUGCUCAAUGGCUUGCUAAGCGGGCAUCAUAUAUGGAGUUCAAUGAGGUUCUUAAGUCUACAAGAAAUCAGCUGGAGCGUGAGCUUUCACUAGAAGAUGUGACCAGUGUGAAAGAUUUGCCUGCAUACAACAUGAUGUUGUAGCAACCUGUGAUUCAUUGUUUCAGCUCCCUGUGAGACAGUAAUAUAUAUAUCCUUUGAGAAUUGUGUAUAUCAGUUUUAAGUGAAGGUGAAGAAUUCUCUACUGGUUUUGUUAACAAAACCUACUGUGAAUUACCAAUAAUGUUCAGUUCAUGCAGUCUUUCUCUGA